AACACCCCGUCCAUCCGUUCCAUUCCAAGUCGGUUCCGAGACACGCCUCGCUCCCUCUCCUUCUGCCCAGGCGCCUGCCACCUCGCCGCCCCCCUCCUCUCUCCGGCUCCACGCCAUCCCGCCCCGCCCCGCUCCUCCCCGGUCGACCCCGCCGCCUAUCACCGGCGAUCCCACCCUCUCGCCCGGCCAGUCCGCGGCUUUCUAGUGUUCUGUGGCCUUUGUUUGGUGGUGGGUGCCUCUCUGAAGUUGAGUAACUUCUGUAAGACUCCAGUGCAAUGUCAAAUGCAAAAGUGGUGCUUGAGCCUGCGUUUCAAGGAGUUGGCCAUAAACCAGGGACAGAAAUAUGGAGGAUUGAAGAUUUUAAGCCAGUUCCUUUGCCAAAAUCAGAUUAUGGUAAAUUCUACUGUGGAGAUUCGUAUAUAGUUCUGCAGACGAGUUGUAACAAAGGAGGUGCUUAUCUUCUUGACAUCCACUUCUGGAUUGGAAAAGAUUCUAGCCAGGAUGAAGCUGGAACUGCAGCAAUCAAGACAAUCGAGCUUGACACCAUGCUUGGGGGUCGUGCAGUACAGCACAGGGAACCACAAGGCUAUGAAUCUGAUAAAUUCCUGUCAUACUUUAAGCCAUGCAUCAUACCCAUGGAGGGAGGAUUUGCUUCUGGGUUUAAAAAGCCAGAAGAGGAGAAGUUUGAAACACGGCUGUACAUUUGCAAAGGGAAGAGAGCUAUCAGAGUUAAAGAGGUUCCCUUUUCUCGUUCACAAUUGAACCAUGAUGAUGUCUUUAUCUUGGAUACUGAAAAGAAAAUAUAUCAAUUCAAUGGUGCAAACUCCAAUAUUCAAGAAAGAGCCAAAGCUUUGGAAGUGAUUCAACAUUUAAAGGAGAAAUAUCAUGAUGGAGUGUGUAAUGUUGCAAUUGUUGAUGAUGGGAAAUUGCAAGCGGAAUCAGAUUCCGGUGAAUUCUGGGUCCUUUUUGGAGGUUUUGCACCAAUAGGGAAGAAGGCUAUAAGUGAUGAUGAUGUUGUUCUUGAAACCACAGCACCAAAGCUUUACAGUAUCAAUAAUGGCCAAUUGAAGUUAGAAGACAUUGUUCUUACAAAAUCAAUUCUGGAGAACACUAAAUGCUUUUUACUUGACUGUGGGGCCGAGCUAUUUGUGUGGGUUGGUCGGGUAACACAGGUGGAGGACAGGAAAACUGCCAGUGCGGCGGUUGAGAAAUUCAUUAUUAAAGAAAAUAGGCCAAAGACAACAAGAAUAACUCAAGUGAUUCAAGGUUAUGAGAAUCAUACAUUCAAGUCUAAGUUUGAGUCAUGGCCAGUAAGCAACACAGCAGGGAAUGCCAGCACGGAGGAAGGCCGGAUAAAAGUUACAGCGCUACUGAAGCAGAAAGGUGUCGAUGUCAAAGGAAUCUCAAAAAGUAGUGCGCCAGUAAAUGAUGAAGUUCCUCCUUUGCUAGAUGGUGGUGGAAAGCUUGAGGUUUGGUGUAUUAAUGGCAGUGCAAAGACUGCUCUUCCAAAGGAGGAACUUGGAAAGUUCUACAGUGGAGACUGUUAUAUUGUUCUUUACACAUAUCAUUCUGGUGACAAAAAAGAAGAGUUUUAUCUAACUUAUUGGAUUGGGAAACACAGUGUCCGGGAAGAUCAAGAGAUGGUUUUUCAAAUAGCUAAAACGCUUUGGAGUUCAAUGAAAGGAAGACCUGUCCUGGGUCGUAUUUAUCAAGGAAAAGAGCCACCUCAAUUUGUUGCACUUUUUCAGCCAAUGGUUAUUCUUAAGGGUGGCAUUAGCUCUGGUUACAAGAAAUUUGUAGAAGAAAAGGGUCUGAAGGAUGAAACAUACUGUGCUGAUGGCAUUGCUCUCAUUCGAGUUUCUGGAACAUCAGUUCAUAAUAAUAAGACACUUCAAGUUGAUGCGGUCUCAACAUCCUUGAGUUCCACGGAUUGUUUCAUUUUGCAAUCCAAAAACGUGAUGUUUACAUGGAUUGGCAACUCAAGUUCCCACGAACAACAACAAUGGGCUGUUAAAGUUGCUGAGUUUUUGAAGCCUGGUGUUGCUGUCAAACAUUGCAAGGAGGGAACUGAGAGCUCUACUUUCUGGUCAGCUAUUGGUGGAAAGCAGAAUUAUACAAGCACAAAUGUUUCAACUGAUGUUGCUAUCAGAGAGCCUCAUUUGUAUACCUUCUCUCUUAGGAAUGGGAAGCUAGAGGUCACUGAAGUUUUCAAUUUUUCACAAGACGAUUUGUUGACAGAAGACACGAUGAUACUGGAUACACACUCUGAGGUUUUUGUUUGGAUGGGUCAGUGUGUGGAGACAAAAGAGAAACAGAAAGCAUUUGAAAUUGGUGAGAAAUAUGUAGAACAUGCAGUGGCCUUUGAAGGUAUUUCUCCUGAUGUGCCUCUCUAUAAAGUCAUUGAAGGGAAUGAACCUUGCUUCUUCAGGACAUACUUCUCCUGGGAUAACACACGAUCUGUGAUUCAUGGGAAUUCGUUUGAGAAGAAACUUUCAGUCCUUUUUGGAAUGCGUUCAGAGGGUGGACCUAAGAGCUCAGGUGAUGGUGGGCCAACUCAAAGGGCAUCAGCACUGGCAGCUCUUUCAUCUGCACUGAAUCCAUCUUCCCAAGGAAAACAGUCGGAUGAGAGGCCCUCAAGCUCAGGUGAUGGCGGACAUACUCAGCGUGCAUCAGCAAUGGCUGCCUUGUCAGGCUCCAUUAAUACAUCGUCAAAAUCACAGACUCAUUCAGGCCAAGGGUCCCAAAGAGCCGCUGCUGUUGCCGCACUGUCCAAUGUUUUGACUGCCGAGGGAUCUCAUAGCCCCCACCACGAUGCUGCGAAGACUGAAUUGGCUCCUGCUUCUCCUCCAUCGGAAACAGAGCCUGAUGCCACAGAAGCUGGCAGGAUAGAGCCUGAUGUCUCACAGGAACAAACUGCUAACGAAAAUGGAGGCCAGACGAUCUUUAGCUAUGAACGCUUGACAUCGAAGUCCACGGACCCUGUUAGUGGGAUAGACUACAAGCGCAGAGAGACAUAUUUAGCGGACAGUGAAUUCCAGACUGUGUUUGGUAUGACCAAAGAGGAAUUCUACGAGCAGCCAAGGUGGAAGCAAGAAUUGCAGAAAAAGAAAGCCGAUCUUUUCUGAAACAUGGCUGGCCCUGAAUAAAUCCCUUCCAUUCUACAGAGUUACACACUCCUACCUCUUCUUUUUCAGAGGAGAGCCCACGCUACCCAGCAUUCUCAUCAUGUUGCAAGGAUGAUCACCAGCAGCUCGUUCUGCUGUUUUUAUGAGCUGUAUAGGGUACUCUUUUAUUUGCACAUGGUUUGGGCGCGUUAUAUAGGUCCAUCCGUCCAUGGGUCAUAACCCUGGCCCCUCCAUUAUUCUGAGCUCCUACCGAGCAUUGCCAGUUUAUGUGUUUGAUUUUUUUGUUUAUCAAACUGGUGCAAAUGGUUUUGUCGAAAUUAUUUUUUGGUGCAUUACUAGUGAGUAUUUUUAUAAGGUAAUGAUGCAUUGGCACCAAGGUGUAUGGAACAUAUUUUUGUUAAGACUUAAGCUUCUAUUUUCUGGUGCUGUU